GCGGAGCUCAGCCCCGAGCAGCGCGCAGCCCGCCGCGCCUCGGAGGUGGGCUCGGGACAGGCGCUCCGCGCCUCCUCUCGAGAUGGACAGCCGCUACACCAGCGCCACGGGCAUCGGGGACUUGAACCAGCUGAGUGCGACCAUCCCGGCCACGCGCGUGGAGGUGUCGGUGUCCUGCAGAAAUCUUCUUGAUAGAGACACAUUUUCUAAGUCUGAUCCAAUUUGUGUCUUAUAUAUACAAGCAGUUGGAAAUAAAGAAUGGAGAGAGUUUGGAAGAACUGAAGUGAUUGAUAAUACUUUGAAUCCUGAUUUUGUAAGAAAGUUUAUUCUGGACUAUUUCUUUGAAGAAAGAGAGAAUCUUCGCUUUGACUUAUAUGAUGUUGAUUCAAAGAGUCCCAAUUUAUCCAAACAUGACUUUCUGGGACAAGUGUUUUGUACAUUGGGGGAGAUUGUUGGCUCACAGGGAAGUCGUCUGGAAAAGCCAAUAGUGGGAAUUCCGGGCAGGAAGUGUGGAACAAUCAUACUAACAGCAGAGGAACUAAACUGUUGCAGGGAUGCUGUCUUGAUGCAGUUUUGUGCAAACAAAUUGGAUAAGAAGGAUUUCUUUGGAAAGUCGGAUCCUUUCCUUGUAUUUUAUCGAAGUAAUGAGGAUGGAAGCUUUACAAUUUGUCACAAGACAGAAGUUGUCAAAAACACUCUAAAUCCUGUGUGGCAAGCCUUCAAGAUCUCAGUGAGAGCACUAUGCAAUGGGGAUUAUGACAGAACAAUCAAAGUAGAAGUGUAUGACUGGGACCGAGACGGGAGUCAUGAUUUCAUUGGGGAGUUUACGACAAGCUACCGGGAACUUUCUAGAGGGCAGUCACAGUUCAACGUCUACGAGGUGGUGAAUCCCAAAAAGAAAGGGAAAAAGAAAAAGUACACCAAUUCAGGAACCGUAACCUUACUCUCUUUCUUGGUGGAAACAGAGGUCUCCUUCCUGGACUAUAUUAAAGGAGGAACACAGAUCAACUUCACGGUGGCUAUUGAUUUUACAGCAUCAAACGGAAACCCUGCCCAGCCUACUUCUCUCCACUACAUGAACCCGUACCAACUGAAUGCCUAUGGCAUGGCACUGAAGGCUGUUGGGGAAAUCGUUCAAGAUUAUGACAGCGAUAAGAUGUUCCCAGCCCUUGGUUUUGGUGCAAAGCUGCCUCCAGAUGGAAGGAUAUCUCAUGAGUUUGCCUUGAAUGGCAACCCCCAGAAUCCUUAUUGUGAUGGCAUCGAAGGGGUCAUGGAAGCUUAUUAUAGGAGCCUGAAAUCUGUGCAGCUGUACGGGCCAACCAACUUUGCUCCUGUAAUAAACCACGUAGCAAGGUAUGCGUCCUCCGUAAAAGACGGCUCCCAGUAUUUUGUGCUCCUCAUUGUGACAGACGGCGUGAUCUCAGAUAUGGCUCAAACUAAAGAAUCCAUAGUUAACGCCUCGAAGCUUCCAAUGUCAAUCAUUAUAGUAGGUGUUGGACCCGCAGAAUUUGAUGCAAUGGUUGAAUUGGAUGGAGAUGAUGUAAGAGUUUCCUCCAGAGGGAAAUACGCCGAAAGAGACAUUGUACAGUUUGUGCCCUUCAGGGAUUAUAUCGACAGAAGUGGGAACCACAUACUGAGCAUGGCUAGACUGGCCAAAGACGUCUUAGCUGAGAUCCCUGAGCAGUUUCUCUCCUACAUGAGAGCCAGAGGAAUCAAGCCAUCACCAGCACCUCCGCCGUACACCCCGCCCACACACGUGCUACAGACGCAGAUAUGACCGCACCCAGAUGCUGAUGUCCAUCGCACGUCAAUCAGAACUGCUGAGCCUAUGCUUUGCACCUGGUGCUCUGCUCUGAACCAGGAAAUGAGACACUCUCUCAGAUUGGUUUCAGCAGUCCUCGAUAAGUGUGCUUUCUUGGAUCCAAAAUUAACUCUCUUCCUAAACCAAAACUGUAAAUAUGGUUGUUGCAUGGGCAACAGGAAACUCGUUCAGAUGCUUGAAGCGAAGUAGAGAUGUCUUCUCUAAUUUUCAAAUAUUUUUUUUUGUUUUGUUCUUGACAGAUUAGCAAAUUUCCAAUGUAUUAUUGGGAAAAAGCACAAGCUACGUUUUUAACACAAAUAUUGUCCUCGACUGCUCCAUAUAUAGGACAGCAGUUUUUGUGUCAAUGUUUACAUGUUACCACUUUUUAAAUUUCAAUACUUUUAUAACUGUUCUUAAGAAUAAGUUUUGAAUAUUGAAUCCUUUGUCUUCUAAAUUGCAAUAGCUAUAAUCACAGGAGCAAUAUCUCUUUGAAUGACUGUCUGGACACUUGUGGUAUGAAUAAGGGGAGAGAAGGAGGGAAAAGGAACCAUUUGCUAGUUAAUAUCUAUCCUGUUUGGGCCAAUUGUGGGAGUUUAAACUCAUAAACAGAUAUGACCCUGUAAAAAUAUGCAUUUUCAUGGACUUCUGGUUUAAAUUUAUACUGCAGUCAAUUUAUGUUUCAUGAUGUCGAGUAGAAGCAACAAAAAGGCAAACAGUGACCUGUGAACCCACAGAUUAUACUUUGUAUAAAAACUACCAUCCUCAUAAUGCUAAUGAGUAAAACCAAGAAUAUAACUCCAAA